AUGUUCAAGAAGACCCUCGCUCUCAUCCUUGUCAUCUCCAUGACCCUCGGUGCCUCUGCCACUCCUAUCCUUGACAAGCGUAGCUCGUGCCAACUUGGUAACCUUCUUCCCACUGGUGGUGGUGGUGAUGCCUUGUGCAGUGCUCACUGCGGUCAACAGGGAAACAAACACGGUGGUCACUGCGAUGAAAACAAAGUCUGCAUCUGCAACCAUUAA